AUGCGGUGCGUGAAAGUGGCGAUAUUUGCGGUCGUCUGCCUGAUACUAUGUUGUCGAGUGCAAGGUGGGAAGGGAGCCCAUAUACUUGCCUGGGAUACAGCACGCCUCUCGCCUAUGACUACAGCGAUUUUACAUUUCAAUGCGGAAUUUUUCAGUAAAAAUACUGAUAUGCUGUCGGUUACAGUGCGGACAAGCGAUGUUGGAAUUUUGCAUUAUUUUAGCGAUUUAUUGACGUCGGUGCUGGCAUCGACAUCGGAGUUGGCGGUGGAAAUACAAGUGAUUGGGGAUAAAGGAAAGCCCCAGAAUUUCGACUUCUACAAUGUACUAAUGAUCGAUUCCUAUAAAGCAUUGGUCCUCCUCGACCCCGGUUGGCACACACAGAAGAAUGAUUUCAGUGAAUAUUAUUUGAUCGUAUUGCAACCGAUUUCCAGUCGUUCGUAUUUACUAACGGAAUUGAAACAGAUUUUCGACUACUUCUGGCGUUAUUAUAUUAUAAAUGUUGAUGUGCUCGUGGAGGUGAAUUCCACCAAUAUUGAGCUCUACACCUAUUUUCCAUUUUCAAGGCAUCAUUGCAAAAGCGUUUUGCUGCAACAAUUAAAUCGUGACGAAUCGAUCGUCCAAUUAAGAUCUUCGGCACUGUUUCCUGAUAAAGCAGAAAACUUUUAUGGAUGCAAAUUGAUGGCGGUUUUAUGGGAUGUGCCCCCUUAUGUAGUGUUGCCUAAGGAUAAUGAUGCUGAGCUACAAUUUGGCGGCAUGGAGGGGAAAAUCUUGCACAUUUUGGCUUCUCAUUUAAACUUCUCUUUGGAUUACGUUGUACCGCCACAUAAUGAGCAGCGUGGAUUCGUGCUGGAAAACGGGACGCUGACGGGUGCUAUUAAAAUUUUGACUGAGAAGACAGGCGACAUCAGUUUGGGCAGUUUUCGCCGCACGUUGGAUCGAUCUCUUGUUCUCAGCCAAUCGAUCAGCUUUCAUCAGACCACACAAGUACUGACUGUGCUCUCGAAGCAUGAGCAUUGGCCUUCACAUCUAAUACUCACGUAUCCAUUCGACGUCUACGUUUGGUGCUCUUUAAUUCUCUUCUACUUGCUGCCAAUAUUCUUGGCUUGCAUACUCGCUCGAUUACGCAUACAAGCCCUGCAUUUUGUGUACGGCUUUUCAAAUGUUAGACGUAUGGUUUUGGUUUGGACGAGUGCACUUCUACAACAAGUAGCAAUGCCUAUACCAUCCUUCAAUUUUGCACGUUACAUAUUCGUCAUGUGGUUAAUGCUUACACUCAUUUUACGCUCAUCCUACGAGGCCCUGCUAUACGAUUUUUUCAAUACUCAAAAGACCAUUGCCCCACCGUCGACGCUGGAACAAAUGGUGGCACGCGGUUACAAGUUGGUGGUGACUAAGUCCACUGCACAAACUUUGUCCGAAGUCAAGGCUGUACGAAAUCAUGAAAUCGAGUUGUUGGUGCUUGAUUUAGAUGACACGGGUGUUUUUGAUGUACUGGAAGAAAAUCCGCAGCAAAAUUUAGCAGCAGCCACACCAAAAGAUUUUGUGAACUAUUACAUAACUAAGAACGAGAAAUUUGGUCGUUUUCAUGUUUUGGAUGAUGACGUCUUCGUGCAGGCCAUUUCUAUUCAUUACACGAAACAUUCGUUUCUGUUGAAUUCGGUGAAUGGUGUAUUGUAUAAAUUGCGCGAUAGUGGAAUUAUCGAAUAUUGGUCGCGGGUGUGUAUUGGAAAAAUUAAAAAGUUUAAAGAAGAGCGCCAAUUGCACCCAUUAACACUGACUCAGCUGUGGGGAAUAUUCCAGGUCCAAUUGUGCAUGUUGGGCAUUUCAUUUCUGGUAUUCUUGGCAGAGUGUUUGACACGAAAUAAAUAUGUGGUGGAAUAUAAAGAUGAUAUCCUCACUUACAUAUAUACAAAAUUUAAAUCGCACCAUGCAAUGUUUGUGGAGCGCAAAGGCUUUCAAGAUGGUCCGGGCUAUGUUGAGAUUGCGGGAAAUCUCUCCGCUGCUAUUGUGGAAAUUGUUUGGACGAGCUUCAUAAAAUAUCGUCAUCGUCAUACAUUCAAUUUGUAUGCCUUUGCCCAGCGUCCAGAGCGAAAAUUGCUUUUCGGCGAUAUAAUGGAGAAGGUACUGAGCGCGCUUGGCAAAGAUAGCACCGUACGCAUUGGCAUGGGUGAGCCGGUACCUGGUGAUGAUGAACGCCACUAUAAUGUGUUGCUUGUGGAUUCAGCUGCAUCGCUGAAUUCUACAUACGCCGAAUUUGCCAAGUACCAUCUACACGCCAAUGGCUACUUUCUUAUCGUCUUGCACACCUUCGACUCGGCUCACUAUUACGAUGUACUCUUCGAGAUAUUUGAACUCAAUUGGUAUCUGGGCAUAAUAGAUGCCAAUGUAUUGGUGUAUGCGCUCUCGAAUUUGUCAUUACUCUACAACAUUCAUCCCUUCAAUCGGUUUCAUUGCAAAGGUUUGGCGCCAACUAUACAGAAUCGCUUCACCAAUUCACACUGGCGACAUACGAACUUCUUCCCCAAUAAACUGUUGGACUUACAUGGAUGUGCGCUGAUUUGUGCUACCUGGAAAGAAAUGCCUUACCUCAGUUCGGACGCUGGCUUACUAGGAGGUAUUGAAGGAAAGCUCAUCGAGUAUUUGGCCAUAACGAUGAAUUUCUCUUUGGAAUUUCGCUGGCUGGACAAGAAGGAUGCCUCGCGUACUUUGGACAAGGAGGGAAGUGUUUUCAGAGAGCUCUUUUCAAACGGAACCGAUUUCAUAGUUGGCGCAUUCCCCUACAAAUCAACUGCCAAAGGCGAUCCGUACACGCCUACUUUUCCCUAUUUCUUAAGUAGUUUUAACUUCAUUGUCAACUCGAAUUUGGCUCCUUAUUCGCCCUUUAAAAAGUUAUUUCUACCCUUUAAGAGUGACAUUUGGAUCCUCCUAUUAAUCAUCUACAUCGUUGGAUUUUUGCUGAAACGGACUGCCACUUUAUUGGGCACAGCAACAAGACCCUUCAUAUUUGGUCCCAAGCACAACAUGCCCACAUUUAAUAUGUUCAGCGUGUGCUUGGGUGUGGCACUGCCUCAACAGCAAGUGCCAAGUCGAAAUUUUGCGCGCUACAUCCUAAUGCUUUGGCUCAUAUUGACGAUGCUGUUGCGCAGCUCUUACCAGGCUUUCCUGUUCAAUCUAAUCAAAUCCAACAUUGGACCACCACCGCCAAAUACCAUUGCCGAUUUGUUGCGUCAGAACUAUCAGCUGCUGAUGACCGAGGGUGUACUUGAUACCGUACAUGACUUACCGGUGAUUUCCUCGCGUGCAAAAAUUUUGAAUAUGACGCGCUUCGAGAGUUUCCAGUUGGUCGGACAACCUCAACAACGUAUUGCUGUAUUGACCCCAUACGAAUAUUUCGAUUAUUUUAAGCGGUACCAUCUUAACAUCACCAAACGUAUUCAUGUUGUGGAUGAAAGGGUAUUCACGCAGCAGCUGAGCUUCUAUAUGGCGAGCAACUCAAUGCUUUUAAAUCGCUUCAAUCACAUUAUACUUCAGUACACUAACGUGGGUUUGUGGGAGAAAUGGAGUAGAGUGUUGCUUGAUAUGCGAACGCCUUCGAGUAGCGAAUUCGAAGAGCGAGUAACGGUGGUCACUUUGCAACAGUUGUAUGGGGCCUGGUAUGUGUGGUUAAUCGGAAAUGCGCUGGGUGUUUUUGUGCUACUCAUUGAAAUCGUUUGUAAAUGGGUGCAAAAUAGAGAAAUCAACAGAAUGUAA